AUGCUAUUUAUUUAUCUAGCGCGAGUUGGUUCGAUUGGCGCGAGUCUUGGCAUUGGUCAACAUCUCUAUUACACCUGGCUUGAAAACCGGCUUCCAAGUCGUACCCCUCGUUUUGUCGCCAUUAAGGUUAUUCUGGACGAACUUCUCGUUGCUCCCAUAUUAUAUUCAUUUAAUUAUUUCGUUGCAUUACCCCCGGCCGUGUUCUUUAAUAAUUUAGAUGUCGUCAAAUUCUACUUGCACAUGCAAGUGCCUUAA